AUGAAAGACAAAGCAGAGGUAGAACACGUAUCACCGUACUCAUCACACAGCGAUCACAUAGUUGAAGAUCCUGAUCGCAAUGACUUGUUCAAUGAAAAGCCGGAUUUAUCAUGGCCAUCAAUCAAACAUUAUUUUGCCACGAGAAUACCCAACUUGUUGGACUUGCCUUUAUACCGUCAAGAAAAGAAAUGGUAUCAAGUGGUCAACCCUAUCCCUGGUUUGAAAGAGAUGUCAGCAUUGGACUGGAAUUUUUAUGGUUUAGGAUUCCUCGCAUGGUCGUUGGAUUCUAUGGAUUUCUUUUGUGUUUCGGUAUCUGCUUCGGAAAUUGCUGCUACUUUGAAAGUAAGCGUUACUGAUAUUACAUGGGGUGUUACUUUAGUGUUGAUGCUUAGAUCAGUUGGAGCUGUUAUAUUUGGUAUUGCCGCUGAUAAAUUCGGUCGAAAAUGGUGCUAUAUAACAAUAUGUUCCCUUUUCAUUGUUGUUGAAAUAGGUACUGGGUUUGUUCAAACGUACAAGCAGUUUCUAGGUGUCAGAGCAGUAUUUGGGGUUCUAAUGGGAGCAAUGUACCCGAUUGCCAUGGUUACUGCAAUUGAGGGACAGCCCACAGUGGCAAGAUCAGUUUUAUCGGGGUUGUUUUUACCUGGUUACUCAUUUGGUUAUAUCUUGGCGAUGGUUUUCUACCGGGCAUUUUCUGGCACUUACAAGGAAGGCGAAGGAUGGAGAAGUUUGUUUUGGUUCAGUGCUGGAUUGAGUGUUUUAUUGAUUACUUGGAGAUUGGUGAUUCCUGAAUCACCCGAUUUCAUCAAAUUGAAAGAAAAGAAGAGACGGUUUAAUGAAAAGAACAAGGUCAAGCAUAAAUGGAUUGACACUAGUGUUUUGCAAACGUUGAAAACUGAAUGGCUAUUAUUCAUUUACCUUAUCUUCUUGUACAGUGGGUGGAAUUUCACUACCCACGGUUCCCAGGACUUGUAUGUCACUAUGCUAACGAAGCAAUUUGAUGUCAGUCUAAACAUGAAGACAGUUAUUGUUGUUGUUAGUAACCUUGGUGGUAUGCUUGGAGGUAUUAUAAUGGGUUCAGCUUCAGAAUUAUUUGGACGACGUCUCACAGUCAUCAUUUGUAUGAUAUGGAAUGGUGCCUUUGUGUACCCAUCGUUUUUCAACGCCAAUAGGAACUGGUGGGCAUAUGUUUUCUUAAAUGGUGGUGUUAUGGGUGCAUGGGGUAUCUCAUCAGUUUAUUUAUUAGAAGUGGUUAAUAAAGCCAAUAGAGCUUUAAUUUCUGGAUUAGCUUAUCAAUUGGGUAAUUUAGUCAGUUCUGCCAGUGCCACAAUCGAAGCUCGUCUUGGUGAAAGAUUUCCACUUGAAGGUAAAACUGAUGACAUGUAUGAUUAUGGUAAAGUGAUGUGUAUCUUUUGUGGUGCUGUUUUUGCUUACAUGAUAAUUUGUGUUUUGGUCGGACCAGAGAAGUUCCAUAAUAACUUACAUGUGACUGAUGAUGAUGAAGUUCAACUUGAAGAAGGAAGCAGUGGAGACGAUAUAAAGUCUGAUAGAAAGAUAUAG